GUCUUUUGUGUGAAAUGUUGGAGGCUAAGAGCAAACAGAGCCCUGCUUCACUAAAUGCGUUGGGAAGCCAUUCCGAAAGGAUCCUCUGAUUUGUUUUUUUCCGUAAAAAAAUAAACAGAAAAAUAAACUUGCAUAAAAAUAGGCUAACGUCGUUCAAUGAGGAGAUAAACAGUAGUUUCCAGGUAGAUUUUGUAUUAAUUCGCUUUUGAGAACGCUUGCGAGACUGGUUCAUUUUUGGAGAGUUUUUCGCAAACCGCAAACGGAUGUGAGGCAGAGAAGGUGUUCCUCUCUACUGUAUUUCAGUACUACGAGCGCUACUAAUACCCAUUACUAAGUCACAUACAUCUUGCUCUUUUUUACUCUUAAUCCUUGUGUACACGAAAACAAGAACCCGAAAUACAGGAGUUGAUUGAUGUUUCUACUGAGAUGGACGUGAGAUUUUAUCCUCCACCAGCACAGCCUGCAUCAGCUACAGAUCCUUCCUGCUUGGGACCCUCGCAUUGCCUGGACCCUUACUAUUGCAAUAAGUUUGACGGGGAAAACAUGUACAUGAGCAUGACAGAGCCGAGCCAGGACUUCAUGCCAGCAAGCCAGUUCCGUGUGCCUGACAGCCCCUCCCAGAUGCAACAAAACUUGAAACAGACAGGACCCCAAGGGAAAAGAGAUGUGCCAUCUCAGGUGGAUUAUCCUCGACUAUCCUGGUCUUACCCUGUGCCCAGCCUUGGUGACGAAGACUUCAACAUUCCUCCCAUCACACCUCCUACACUGCCCGAUCACACACUCGUCCACAUGCCACAUGAGCCAGAAUCUGGAGGGUAUCCUUCUCUUUGCACCUCAGUUUCCCAAAAUGGACUGCUUCCAUUCCAUCCCCAGAACAUGGACCUUCCAGCCAUCACUGUGUCCAACAUGCUGAGCCAAGAUGGAGCCCUGCUGUCCAACUCCCUGUCUAUGAUGCAGGACAUGACAAACACAGAAUCAUCCCGAUACAACACUCACCCACAAAUGGAAGCUUUGAGACCCAGGGUCCAGUCUGUUAUGCUGCAGCAUGGUCAGCUCACCACUAUCAACCAGUCACAGCUCAGUGCACAGCUGGGAUUGAAUAUGGGUGGAAAUAAUGUUCCUCAUAGUUCCCCAUCACCUCCAGGAAGCAAAUCUGCAACCCCGUCUCCUUCUAGCUCAGUCCAUGAAGAUGACGCUGAUGAGACAUCAAAGUUUACUGAAAACAGAUAUCAUGCCUUGCAGAUGAAUGGGGCAGAAAAACGACCAGCUACUGACAUAGGAAAGAAGCCAAAAACUCCAAAGAAAAAGAAGAAGAAAGACCCCAAUGAGCCACAGAAACCGGUGUCUGCCUACGCACUCUUCUUUCGUGACACUCAGGCAGCCAUCAAGGGACAAAACCCAAAUGCCACAUUUGGUGAAGUUUCCAAAAUCGUCGCUUCUAUGUGGGACGGCUUGGGCGAGGAACAGAAACAGUUAUACAAAAAGAAAACAGAAGCUGCCAAAAAGGAAUACCUCAAGCAGUUGGCAGCUUACAGGGCUAGCCUGGUUUCUAAGAGUUACAGCGAGCCUGUUGAUGUAAAAACAUCCCAGGGUUCACAAAUGAUGAACUCCAAGCAGCAGGUUUUCCCUGGAGCCGCGCAGUCUCAUUCGGGAAUGUAUAUGGGAUCUCCUUAUCAUCAGCAGCCCGGAAUGAAUCCACACUUGCCUGCCAUGCAUCCCAACCUUCCCCGGAGUAUCGCCCCCAAGCCCAACUCACAGAUGCCGGUGACUGUUUCCAUAGCCAACAUGGCAGUGUCUCCAACCCCCCCUCUCCAAAUAAGCCCACCUCUGCACCAGCACCUAAGUCUCCAGCAACAUCAGUCUAUCACCAUGCAGCAGCAGCUAGGCAAUCACCAGUUACCACUUCAUUCCCCAUCAAUGCAGCAGGGAUACCCUCUUCAAGCCGAGUUCCAGAACAUCAUCAACUCCGCUUCCUCUGCUGGUCAGGUUGUGCCUCCAUCAAUGGAUUACAUUCGUUCUGGGUGUAGAAAUCCUCCGCAACAGAGUGUGGACUGGAGCAAUGACUACUGUGGUAAUGGGAACCUGCAAAGGGAUAAAGCUCUGUACCUCACCUGAACAGGUGAAAUGUUCCUGUUCUCCAGUGUCUUGAAGUCUUCAUAACUUUUGCCGUGUUCAGAGGGCUGAGGCAGUUCAUCAUCUCAAUUGAAAUUAAGUCGCUAAGCACUUAGAACCUUGAAAUGUAUAUCUGAGUUCCUGAUUUUACCUGCAAAGAGAGCAAAAACCUGUCUUUCUUAUUUCUUAACAAAUAUUUUGAAAACUUUCAUGGACCGAUUCUUCUUUUGUUGCAAAAGAAAUCUGGACAACAUGGCUUUUAUGUUGGUUUUUGCUGUGGAGUGCUGCACUAGUGAACUGCCUUAGAAACUGUAGUGUGUCUGCGAAAGAAAUCCUAGAAUUCUGUUGGUCUUAAAAAUGAGUGUUAAUAGGAACUACUAAAGACUUUUAAUGGCUUGAUAUAGCACUCAUAGUGAGUUUGUAAAUAGAUUCUGUUACACUCUCUUAGAGUAUAAAAAAGGUAAACUUUUUUAGCUACAACAUUGUUUUGAACUGGAUAUGAGCAGUUAUUUCAGUCUUUUAAGAGGGAUAUUGAAUUGGCAAAUGUUCCUAUUUUUUGCUUAAUUUUUAAGGGAAUGAAUCCAGUAAAUGACUAUAUUUUGCGAAAAACAAAAAAACAGUUAUGUUCCCAAGUUAUUUUAAAACACUUGAUGGCAUUGACCCAUAGAGUAGCAUGAAAUAUUUGAUGAUGUUAAUAAAUGAAAUUUAAAAAAAUAAGCAAAACAAGAAAAAAUUUAUUUUGUACUACAUAGAAAUGCUUUUUUGUAUCACUUAUGGUGUAUUGAUUAGUAAAUGUCAUUCAAAUCCUCUGUGUAAAAAACUGCCAAAUGCUUAUCUGGUGUUUAUUAGAUGCAGUGACAGAUUGGAAACAGCUAAAUUAUAACCUUGACAUAUGGCUGUGUAUUAUUAUUGUUUCUUUAUACUGUGUCUAUAUUUAAUCUUUUUUUUUAAUGGAACCUGUUGCGCCUAUUUAUGAAAUAAUAAAUAUAGGUGUUUGUAAGUAACUAUGUUAGCGUUUAAAGAUGUUUCUGUUUAUUCUGGCAGAACAACCGUGUGAAUACUUUAUUCUUAUUUAGUUUCUAUUGUGUUAAAAAAAAUAAAGCCAAACCUGCAUUUUUUGUGCAGAAAUCAA